UUCAUGUGUUCUUCCCCAAAAUUGAAUUCGAAAACAGAAUUUUCGCGCCUUCUCUCUACAUUUCUUCAACCUCAGAAUGCCAAACCUUCAAAAGAGCCCAAGCUUCUGCUCCAAACCCUAAGCUCCCAAAUCCAUGGACGACAAAGACCUAGACGACGCCGCUUUAUGGGCCGUGAUCGACUCCGCCGCCGCCUCCCACUCCUCCAAAUCCAAAUUCCAACCCCGCCACCCCCUCGCGAUCCAGUACCACAACCGCCCUUCUCCGCCGAUCUCAAACCCCUCGCCGCCGCCGAAGCUCUUCAAGACCGCUCGGAUCUCCUACUCCGCCGAGUCCGACUCCAAAUCGGAGGGCGAGGUCGUCGAGGAGCCUUGGGCUUUCCAUCCGCCGAGGAAGAUCGCCAGGUCAUCGAACGACGACAAGUCCCUCGCCGUCGUCAGAAAUGUAGCCCGCACGCCUACCACGCCGGUGUACGCUUCGCCGGAGUCGCAUCUCUCGCCGGGAAUCGGGAGGUUCAAUAGUCCGGUGAGCUAUCCGCCGAGAGAAGAGAGGGAUAGUAAUCCUGUGCAGACGGCGCAGCAUAGCUUGUGUGGAAUGUUCCCUUCGGUUUCGUUGUUCAAGGAGUAUCAAGAUGCAGCUAUGGCUAUCUUGGAGAAAACUGAUUACGUUAAAAUUCAAGGGAACACUUACAUAAAAAAGUCAGGUUGGAGGAAGAUAUCGUUUUACUUCAAUCUCUCCUUUGAGAUCAAAGACAAGAGCAUCGAGUUUGAUGAAGGUCGAAAUGUUCUGCGUGCAGAGUUUGUGGUUCGAGCACACAUGCAGGGUGGAAGAUUUUCAGAUGGAUGGGGCUCCUGUGAUCGGAGGGAGAAGAGAUUCAACAAACCGAAUCAUGAUGUUCCAAGUACAGCGGAAACUAGAGCCAAAAAUAAGGCAUCCUCGUGAUCUGUGAGCCUUUGGGACUGUGAUUGGGAUGAUUAGCUUUUGUUUGCAGCCAUUAAGCAUUUUGCAUUUUCUCAUGAUCACUGAGACCAUCCUUGCUCAGAAGAUUCACCAAGACAGCAGGAAGGAGGAACACCUUUCCCCUUGCCCCAUGUAAAAUUAUUUUACGGUGGCAAAAAAUGAGGCAAAUUAAGAAAUGAUUUGUUUUGCUGACUACAGAUGACAAAUCUGUAGUCUUCAAGAUCAGCGUCAUUGCAUAGUGCUCAUCCAUCUUAUGUAUGAUUUUGAUUCACGAUUUGUGUAGUGCAGAUUAUAAUUUAAUAGUGACGCUAAAGCCCAUUUAAUUUUUUUAGUGGAUGGCCACAAAUUAAUAGCCUUGCUAAAAGUAUUACCCUUAUAAUCGUCUAUGUAUGUCUUCAGCUUGCUUCUAGCAAGGAAAAAUGAAAUAUGCAUUAUCAUGUUUCGUCUCCCUUUUCUGAGUGAUGAUAUGAUUUUCUUCUGUUCCUUGUUCUGAUAUUAUGUGAUGGUUAAAUUAUGGGGAAGUGGGAAGACCACCAAACACACAAGUUUCUUGUCUGCUUUGGAGUAAAAUUCAAGAUAAAUAAUACUAGUAUCAGAUAAUCUAGUUUAUAAUUGUCAGAACUAUGCAUGUGCUAUCUGUUUACUUACCUCCAGGCUUUAUUUGCUAACCCAUACA